CACACCCCUGGCAAGAUGUCCUGCUACGACCUGUGCUCCACCGCUGGCUCCGGCGUCCUGCGGCCCCAGCCCCUGGCCGACAGCGGGAACGAGCCCUGCGUGCGGCAGUGCCCCGACUCCACCACCCUCAUCCAGCCUCCCGCCGUGGUGGUCACCUUCCCCGGGCCCAUCCUCAGCUCCUUCCCGCAGGAUUCCGUGGUGGGAUCUGCUGGAGCGCCCGUCCUGGCAGCCUCCGGGGCCUCGCUGGGCUCCGGGGCUCUCUAUGGCUAUGGGGGAUUUGGAUCCCUGGGCUCCGGGGGAUUUGGCUCCGGGGGAUAUGGGGGUUAUGGAUACGGGGGCUACGGAUCCCUGGGAUAUGGGGGAUUUGGCUCCAGGGGCUAUGGGGGAUUUGGAUAUGGGGGCUAUGGGGGUCUCUGUGGCUAUGGGGGCUCCUCCCUGGGCUAUGGGGGUCUGGGCUCCUGGGGGGGUUCCCGGGGCCUCUAUGGCUCUGGGAGAUCCUUUGGCUCUUGGUCCUCGCGCUCCGUCCGCGGCUCCUGCUAA